GUCAUGUUUUGGGUGACGGAUAACGAGGCGCGAGGCGUGCGUGUGGAGGCUGUUGCCGAGCCGCGGCGAGAAACGACUUGUUGACACGGCGAGGCAGCAGGAGGCAGGAGGCAGGUGUAGAGCGGCGGGCCUUCAGUCGCCUGCCUGACGCCGCCGCGAGAGGUGGUGCUGCCCUGGAUUCUUUCGGCCGGCUGUGAGGGGACGGCAUGAACUUUCUCACUCCUUGUUGACGUCUGCGCUCAACUUGUGACCUGAGAGCUGGACUGCGGUGCCUCCAACGUGCGUUCAUGUGGUGCCUGGUGACAGUGAUUCACAUGUCCUGCCUCCGUGGCGUCUGGGGAUCAGAGUGACGCGCCCCGAGUCACGGCCCGUCAACGUGCAUUAGUGACCCCGCCGAUUGCCUCCCUUAUCGCGGGACACCAUCGCAGCGGCGGCUUAAUGGCACGCUGCUGCUGCUGGAUGCUGGAAGGAGGAGAGUGAGCCGGGAUGACAGCGAGGGGAACCACGCCCACCAGCCCCCUCCACAUCCGCCCACACCACACAAAUCAGUCUUGGCUCUGAUAGUAUCUUCAGAAGUGGCUCUUCCUCCCCAGCCCCAGACUCUAGACACCUGUGCCUCCCCAAGUGCCGCGGUGAAGUGACCAGUCAUUGCGUGGAUUAUCAGUGUUGCGGUGAGCCGCGAGUGUCCCGCCGGGCCGGGCACCUGACUGCACGUGAACACCUGAGUGGACACUGACACUGACCUAAAGUGACGCCUUAGAAAAAGGCAAACACUUAUCUGCGUAAAAAAGUGGUUACCUUUCGACUUUCUUAUUAACAAAGACGCCAAAGAAGUCCAAGACGAGGCUACAGUUAAGUGGAAAUAUAACAAAGAAGGGAAAAAAAGACCUGAGGAGACGGCUCUUGCCCGCCGCCUUGAGAGGCCGUGAUAAGCCAGGUAUCCCUUGAGGGCCCUGAUGCAGCCUCAAGUGUUGGUGUGACGUGUGAGGGGCGCCCCAUCGCCACCACUACCACCACCACCAGCGGGACACACACACACACUCACCACCGCUUCAUCUUCUGACAUUAGAAGUCCUCACCUCGCUGACGCCGCGGGAGGGUGGGAGGACUCGAGGCUGAGUGUGUCAAUCCCCGUCACAGCACGACAAGAUUAGGAGAGUCUGCGGUUAUCUCUGGUAUCACUAUCCUCCAAUCAGUGAAGGGAAGCCAAUCAAGCCGAUCAUCCCGAGGCACCGUAGUGAUUCGAUAUUAAUGAUUGUAGCUCCAAGCAUCUGCCAGACUCCCCUGCUGCAUUACCGCCAGAUUUUAUCAAGUGUGGGUGCCGGAGGUGUGUUGCGGCAACCACCACCGCCACUACUGCGUCAGGUGUGGCCGUGAGAACCCCCGGACGCUCACCUCAGCCCGUACGUCCUCCCCAGAGUGUGUCGCCAGCAUGACGCCUCCGGUACAGAAGACAACGCAGGGCAAACAGGACGGGUCACGUCAGCAGUACUUCCGCCGCGGAGGGUCACGGGUCUACUAUGCCUCCGAGACAGGCUGCUGGCCCGCCAACAGCCUCCCCAAGAACUUCUGGAUUCGCUCCAAAUGUUUAGGGGAGUCCGUAGUUCCAGAGAUCGGUGAGGAGGCGAGCAGUUCAGGAGACGAGGUCGGCGAGGAAGAGGUGACCCCCGGCAGUUUGUUCCGAGGGUACCUGCGAGGCUCCCCAUCUCACCGCUCGCAAGACUCAGGUUACUCUGACUCCGGCGAGUCCACCAAUGCUCACAAUGACACAGAUUCUCUGCCAACCACACCACCAAACGUGAAGCAUAUCACUCGUGUAUAUUUUGGGGAGAAUCCUCAUUUAUUUAACGAUAAGAUAGUUAGUGUCCCAAAGAUAAAGAUUAUCACAACCAGUGGAGCAGUCACCUCUCCACCCGGUGACUCUCCCACGCCAGAGGAUGAGUCUCAGGACGCGCAGCCAAUGCCUCUCCACCAGCGUGGCCAGGCAAGCAGCUUGGAGGAGCUUGCCGAGGAGCUGGAGCACAAGAGUGUCCUGGAAGCCGCCACUAGGUGGACGGGAGCAGUGAGAAAGAGGCCCACCAAUCCUGCAGCACUAACUGUCCCUCGCAGACUGCAGAGGCGCAGCAGCAGCGCCGAGAAGCUUAUCACUGAUGGCCAGAUGGAGCAGCACCGACGUCAGACAGGAAUGUCCCGUGCCCGUAGACGGUGGUCUCUGGGCGAGGCACCGGCGCCAGUCCUAACGCGCAGACAGCAGCAGGGGGCGCCCUCAUAUGUCACCAGCGGCACCAACACCCAUGUCCCCGCCAGUCAGCUGGACCGCAAGCCCAAAGUCGAACUAAUGAGCCGGGGCGUUGACACUUCAUCCUUGGAGAGUGUGGAGGACCGCCCCGCAGUGCCUCGUGUAGCGGGUGACACAGACCCCCGGGCAGAUCCCCGCCCCGCCAGGACACACCCACACCCCACCGCAGUGGCCCGAGAGAUGAGAAACGACUCUCUGCACCAGUGGGUGAAGGAGCUGCGGAUACUGUGCGAGGCGGAGUGCAUGAACACCCUCCAGUCCAAGUCUCUGCCCGGCGACUCUGCCCCGCCCCCUCCCACGGCCCGCCACGCCGUCAGGGCCAUCCAGCGCCGCGCCCACGAAGUCUCCACUGAGUUCGCCAGACUGUGCCAGCGCCUGGAGUGGCUGGAGCUGACGCAGGUACCGCCGCUGGCCGAGUCUCUGGUGGAGCAUAUCAACAUCUUCCUGAGGGACUACACUACACAGUGGGCGGCCGCCGACCCCGACCUGCAGCCGCAGUCAUCGCUGAGUCGCCAAAGUAAAGUGAUCCGGCAAAUCUGCCAGCGUCUGACGGAGGUUUGUAACAACGACAACGACGACCUGGACCGCGACACGACCCGCCAGGUGGUGCAGGUGGUGACGGCGCUGGGCCACGCCUUCACCAAGCUGGUCGACCUCAUGCUGAGCCGCGAGAUAAGAGAGAUGGUGCGGGUGCUGGAGGAGCCGGGCAGCAGGGCAGGGGUGCGCCUGGUGGUGUCUCACUUGACUGCUCUCGGAGUGGAGGGCGGGCACAUCUGUCGCCUCAUUGCGAGUCUCGGUGGCGUACGGGGCCUGUUGGACGUGUGCCUGGAACCGCGGCUGCGUCAGUGUCGCAGUGAUGCCUUGAGAGCCUUGGCAACCGUGUGCUGCGUGGUGGAGGGCAUCGUCGAACUGGACAAGGCUGGCGGCGUGGAGGUGGUGGCGGAGGUGCUGUGCGACAUCGAAUGUCCGGAGGAUGAGAGGAGUGAGGCCGCAGGGGUACUGGCGCAGAUCACAUCCCCCUGGGUGGAGAACAACCACCGCCUGGCAGCCCUCCACACCCACCUGGACCACAUCGUCGCCGCCCUCACCGACUUAGCCAGGCACACACUCACGCCGGAGAUCUUCCUGCUGGCAUCCGCGGCGCUGGCCAACCUGACUUUCCUAGAUGACGGCUGCGUGGAGGCCAUGAGGGCGGCAGGCACCGCGUCCGUCCUCCUUCGGGCCGCCCACGACAAUCCCAACAUUUCCAUCUUCACCAAGGACCAGAUAGCGACGGUGUUGGCCAACCUGGCAGGGUCAAGGGAGGCGGCAGAAGAGGUGGUGGAGAGUGGGGGAGUGUCGGUGUUGCUGGGGCUCCUCAACACUGGCCCCGCCCCCACUCACCGCCUGCCAGAGGUGGCCACGGCGGAGCGAGUCCAGCAGAAGUCGGCCAUCGCCCUCUCCAGGCUGUGUCGCGAGGCGUCGGUGGCACGCCAGGUGGCCGAGCAGGGAGGCGCCAAGCGGCUGGUGCGCCUCUGCAAGGAUGAGAGCGAGAGGAACCACAGCGACGCCGUCCUCGUCGCCUGCCUGGCGGCGCUGCGUAAGAUGUCCUCCUCACUGGGAUCUGAGGGGCUGCGCGGCGUGGACGCGGCGGAGCUGGUGGAGCCGCGGUUGCUGGACUCCUUCCUCAUCUACUCCUCGCGGCAGGAGAGCUUCGUAUGACCCACGCAGGAGCUGAGAGAGAGAGAUAGCUUUAAGACUGAAAUUGUAUAGUAUUGCUCUUCUGUAUUAUUAUUUUAGCCCAUGAGUUUGUGUUACGAACUUACGAGUAGGGAAGCCAACAAAUACGGUCGUUAUUGUUGCAUGAUGUCAGUGGCGGCCGACCCUUGUAACACGGUGCGUCGACUCAGCUCAAGAGGCAGACACGUGACGUCAGUCGUGAUGCCGCCUUUCGUAUAUCACACGCCAAGCUGUAGCGUGUGUGGUGUGUCUCAGAGUCGCGGUGGAGGUUAAGGUGCUGCAGAAUAUAUAAUAAUAAACAGCUAUAACAUCCUACAGUGUUUUGCGAGUGCUCAAGUUCACCACUGCAGGAGUGUCAGGGCUGCUUAGAGGACAAAUUCAGCGUCUCGUGUGUGAUGCGUGUUGCUGCGAGCCGCCCAGUGAAGAAAGUGCCGGGCGGGACUGUAAGCGCCGGGACAAACAUGGAUUUCAACUGCACGAGGAAUAUGGCGAGAGGAGUGACCUGUUUCACCGCCACGCCCGAGCAGCCUCGCAGCGUCCGUUCAUAAUCAUAAUGUAUAUAAUGUACCCCAGGCGAGGUUAGUUUACUGAUGAAAAGUGGCAGAUAAAAUAAUACUAUACGUAAGUUAACGGCGUGUGAUUUUACUUUGUUGUUCCGAAGUGUUUGGAAACGUGUUCGUGUGGCAGCAGUGAUGUUUGUACGCGUUGAUUAGUGUGUUCACCUGUCCUUACCUGUCAAGACUCCUGUAGGCGGACCCUCACCUAGUCAGACCCCAGAACCAAAUAUAGUUGUAGAGGUGUAUUUCUGUACAGCAAUAUAUUUUUCGAAUAAAACUUACACAUUU